CAAAAAUGAUAUGAUGGCCGCCAUCAUUGCGACACCAGCGUGACAAUCAAUGGAGACAUGUCAAUUCUGUUCAUGAUAUAUGAGAAAUUCCAAUGGCAGAUUCUUUCUUCGGGUUCGAUACUUCGUUAUCGAACUUAAAUGAUGAUGAAGGUGGUGGAGAACCUUCUGAGGACGAAUAUGAUGCUCUCAACGAUGAGACUUUUGGACAGGACUCGGAGGCGUUCGAUUGGGAGGUGGAACACGAGACCCUGGCCCAGCAGUUGGAGAGUAACCGCAGGUUCAACAGCAGCGGCAUCGACGAGACGGCAAACACACAGCUUGAGGCAUCUCUGUCCAAGCUAGUGUUGGACGAGACCGAUUCGCCCCAAUCGAGGUCCUUCGGGUCCAGCGUUUGGCGGCAUGACCUGUCAUUCCCUAUGGCGCCCACGCCGGUGCCGCCUCUCAAAAAUGUGUGCACGGUUGAAGAGUUGGAGCGGCAAUUGCGUCAGAAACAAAUGUCUUCUCAGCAACAGCAACAGCAGAUGCCGUUCUCAACGCAGAAUUACUUUCAGCCGCGAUUCCCGGUGAUACUUCAAAGGCCGCCGGGCCUCCAAGCCCCGGUGCCUCUCCCAUUCGCCCCCCAAAACAUGACGCAUAACAUGAGUCAGAUGAGUCAGCCCCUUAACAAGAUCUUGGGGCAGAACAAUCAGAUGACCAUGAACCAUCUUGGGUCCAAUGUGAACCAGUUGGGGCAGAAUCAGAACCAAUUGGGCCAGAACGUCAAUCAGUUCAUGCAAAACGCGAAUCAGAUGGUAGGACAGUUUCAAAACAACCAACUGAGCCAGACCAACCUGCUGAGUCAACUGACGCAGAACAUUCACAUGAAUCAAUCCAAUCAAAUGUUACAGAAUCAUUUGAGUCAAAAUCAGAACCAACUGCAGAGUAUGACUCAAAUGGGGCAGAAUGUUAAUCAGAUAGGCCAAAACGUCAACCAUAUGGGACAAAAUUUAGCCCAGAUGGGGCAAAGUGGGAAUCAUAUGGGUGCUAGUGGGAAUCAUAUGGGUCAAAGCGGGAAUCAGAUGGGGCCUAGUGGGAACCAUAUGGGCCAAAGCGGGAAUCAGAUGGGGCCUAGUGGGAAUCACAUGGGUCAAAGCGGGAAUCAAAUGGGCAAAAGCGGGAAUCAAAUGGGCCAAAGCGUCAAUCACAUGGGCCAGAACGUAAACCAGAUGGGCCAAAGCGGGAAUCAGAUGGGGCAAAAUAUGAAUCAAAUUGGGCAAAAUGUUAACCAGAUGGGGCAAAAUGUGAACCAAAUGAUGCCGAACGGUAAUCAGUUCCCCGGGAUGAAUCAGUUCCCCAGGGCGAUGGGCCAGCCCAGGAUGAUGGCCCCACCUCCCGGGAUCAAUAUGCCCCGGCAGAAUUUUAGCCCGAACGUCAGCCAGUAUAACCCUAAUUUUCGUGGCCCAAGUGUACAACAAAAAUCGAACCCGGACCCAACGCAGCCGCAAGCAAUUAACGUGCAACCUAAAACCCAAUCGCCGACGAAAUCACUGCAAAAGAGUAAUCAGAAACAACAAAUGAAUGCUAAAAGUGAGAAAACAGUGCAGAAAUCCAGAGUGUACAACAAUACCAAGAUUCAGAACAGCAAUAUGACGUCACAAAAUUUAGUUCAGCUGAUACAGAAUACACAUCCGAUGUUGCAACAGUAUAACAAUAGCUAUCACAAUGCGAGCCAUCAUCCGAUGUUGAACAGGAACAAUAUGUUCGGGAACUCUUUGAAUCAGUUCGCAUAUAAUCCUAGGCAGAAUGGUGUUUUUAAUAGUAACAAUAGACAUAUGAACGGCGAUGACUCGAGCGCAACUAGCGAUGACGAGUACGCAGGUCUCAUGACGCAGAGAGAGAAACAAUGGCUGCUCAACAUUCAGAUGUUGCAACUCAACACGGGAACACCGUACAUACACGACUUCUAUUACACUGUAUUCUUAGAGCGUCAGGCGAGCAAAGAGAAAGAGGGAAUAAAGGAGGCGCACAAGGCUAACCAACAGAAUCAUCCUUUCUACAGCGGAGGCGUCAAACAAGAGAGCCACACUAGGGAGCGACACAAUUCAGUGCGACACAACUCCACCAGCGAAGACUCCGCGCCGAGGACUUAUGUGCCGACGCAGUUUGAGAACUCACUAGGGAAAUUACAGUGCGGCAGCGUGACGGCGCCGCGCAAGAUCAUCGACGUGGAGCUGGUGGGCGAGCGCGGCUCCAGGCCCGCCUCGCGCGCCUCCACCGCCAACCCCGCGGAGGUCCCAAGGGAAAUGAAGCGCACGAAACAACUAUUACUGGAUAUAGAAGCGUUGUACCUUAUAUUGUUGCGACUGGAGGAACUAAAUGAUCCGUUAGCGAUAUCAAAUGCACUUAUAUUGAAGGAAAGAGAAGAGAAGCAGAAGCAAUUGGAAGCGGCGCAGAAGGAAGCGGAAGAUGAGGACGAGACGAAUGUGUUCUUGAGGAACAUCGAGUCUGUACAGCGGAGGCCCAAGCCGGAGACCAAAACGGAGAUUGGGGAUAAGAGACAGGUGGUGAAUCUGGCGGUGAAUCAGAAGCCGCCGGCGAAGAAUCUUCUCGACGAGGACAAGGACGAGCUGAUCAACAAGAUGUUCGCGGGACUGAUGCACGGCGACAGGCUGGCGCAAAUGUUGACCGUGAGGAAGGGGAGGGUGCUAAUCAGCCGGUUCGUGUCGCGGGUGGCGGGCUCGCACGCGCGCACGCGCGGCGUGUGGGCGCGCGUGCUGCGCUCUGUGUCGGCGGCCGCGCGCCGCGACGACGGCACGCUGGCUGCGCUCGCGCCGCACUUCGCGCUGUAUAUACAAAGCACGACGGGUUGGUCUGCUGUGUUGGAGUCGUGCAGUCUACUCGCCGAGGCGCUAGACCCUGCCAGGACUCCAUACGCCCUCACCUCAGCUUUCACCCUAAGCUGCGUGUGCGCACUCAUCGAGAAAGCCGCCAUUUUGGUGAACACGCCCGAAGCGACGUCCAACGAGCGGCAAUGGUCGAAAUUCCUUAAAACUCUCGCUAGGGCCCUCAAAAACACCACGCUAACUGUGGCCAGGCCUUUGAAACCAUUACCAGAAAACAAAAUCCUUCACCAUUUGAGACAACUGGAUUCUAGAACUACUAUUGAGAUAUUACAACGGGGCAAAACCGCGAUAGACUUUGCGGAUUUGUCGAAAACGGACGUGACCGAACAAUUGGUCAAACAUUUGUGUUGAUAUUUGGCCAAAUGUUUGCGAUUACUCGCGUCUCCGCUCAAUUGUGUGCGCGUUUCGCUCUAAUGAUAAUAAUGAUACUUAUUGCAAUGGUGUUAAGUACAAAUAUGUAAGUAUUUAUUUAUUUUCUUAUGCGGUUGGGAUAAGUAUGAUUUAGAAUAAUGGCAACACAAUGAAACAUGUUGUGUAAACGGGAAUUAUUUGAAAGUUUAUUUGACGAAGAAACAUUGCCCGAUAUAAAUAAUAUGAUAGACAUAAAAUUUGUGUAAAACAAUAGACGUAUUUUUUUUACGUAAUUUGACAAGACAUUUUCUAAAGGUAGACGUAGAAAAUUUUAAUAAAAAAAUAUAAUAAAUGCGUACGAACUUUUCCGAAACCGAACAUCGGUCAAAAAAAGAAAGUUUUAAAAAUAAUAAUUUUACGGGUUUCGGCCAGUCAUUCUAUUCUGUUUUAACGGAACUUUAUAUAGAAAAACGCUUUUGUGUAGCCGAAGUUCCACUGUAAUAUUUCUAUUUACAACUUGGCCCGUUGACAACUUGUCCCAUUGGAAUUUUGUACCAAUUCUGACUGGCUAAGGACGAGUUGUCAAUGUGAAUGACGAGGUGUCAUGCUGCUAAAUCAACCUGCGUUAAUCUCAUUAAAACAAUGCGGAUAUAGCAUUUACACUGAAAAUUCUUCUUUUUUAUUUAAACAUCUACUUCGUAGAAUAUUAAUAAAUAAAAUUGAUUUGAUAUAUCAUUCAUCGUCUUAGAAAAUAAAAAAUAAACUUAUUAAA